GUCAGACAAUCAGCGGCACGAGGCUGUAGUACGGAGCGUCUUGCCAGAGGCGAAGCAUCGGCAGCAUCGCAGGCGGUGGAAGCUAGAGACACUACCCCGCAUUUCAGCAAACAGUAGCAUACCAACACAACACUUCCACGUGAACUGAGCGGCGAUCAGAUGAACUUCAUCAGGAAUAUUGGCGGGAUUCCUGCCAGAUCUACCAUGGGACUUGACACCACUUGAACGUCUCCUCCACCGCCUGCCACACGGGGUCUCACCAUGAACUUCUACUCCAAGCUCCAGGUGCGAGGGCACCGCACCCCUCGGGAGGCGUCCCACGAGACAGCGCUGAACAUCCUCCACGAGCACCUCGGUCUCCUACCCGACCGGGACGCUGCAUCUGUGGACACACUCAAGCCCACACUGAUGCAGCUCUCCUUCUUCUACCUAUGGGUUGCCGCGAUUGCCACGCUGAUCAUCAGAGUUAUCUACCAAAGCAUAGUCAAGCUGUUGGAAUGGAAAGACAAUGCCGCAAACGCUGCAGAUGUACCAAGUGCUGAGGAAAACCAACCAACAAAUGUCAACGAGGGGCAAAGAUCAUCAAAUGACACAUCUAGCAACAUCACCGUGAAACAAGCAAGCGAUGCUCCCAAAGAAGAAUCAUUCACCGCUAUCAAAGACAUUGCUAAUGCAAAUCAAACAGAAGCUGAAUCAACAACAGACUUAACUUCAAACGCAGACAAAGAGAGAAACUUCUCCAAAGUCAAACCUCCUCCAAGUUUUGACGAUCUACUGAAGUAUCUUGUCCUGUUUGGAGGAAUCCUGCUGUAUUUCUACCUGUGUGACUAUGACCACAUCUUCCCCAGACGGGAACGGACGUACUCCAGGGACCUGUUCUUGUUCCUGUGUGUUCUUCUGGUCAUUGUUGCAGGAGCGUUUACCCUAAAACCAUGUCCUGGCACCAUACUGAACAGGGACCAGACAGAGGAGUGGAAGGGAUGGAUGCAGGUCAUGUUUGUGUGGUACCACUACUACGCAGCUAAGGAGACUUACAACUACAUCAGGGUCUUCAUAGCCAGCUAUGUGUGGAUGACAGGAUUUGGUAAUUUCUCAUUCUUCUGGGUGCGGAAGGACUAUUCCCUCUGGAGGCUCCUGAAGAUGCUGUUCCGUCUCAACUUCCUGGUGGUGUGUGUCUGUGUGGUCACCAACAAUGAGUACAUGCUGUACUACAUCUGCGCCAUGCACACCUACUGGUUCCUGUCUGUCUACGCCUUCAUGCGCGUCCUGUCCUCAUGGAACCAGCACCGCUGGAAAAUGGCGGCUAAGUUCCUCGUCUACUUCGUCUGUAACACCGUCAUCUUCGAUGUACCUCAUGUCGGGGAAACGCUGUUCACUCCGUUCAAGUUCAUCCUGGGGUACAAGGGAGGCAUGCACGAGUGGAUGUUCCGAGCAGGUCUCGACCACCACGCCACUCUCCUAGGGAUGCUCUGUGCGUACAACUACCCAAACUACGAAAAACUACUCAACUACCUAGAGAGGAAGUUUACAGCCCCUUACAAGACAGUGCUAGCCGUGGCAGCGAAGUUUGUACUGAGUGUUGCUUUUGCCGCUGCUUUGUAUCUAUGGCAAACAAACAUAAUGUAUAAAGAAAAGUUUGAGUACAACGCCAUCCAUCCCUACACAUCGUGGAUCCCUAUCCUUUCUUAUAUCUUCUUCAGGAACCUUUUCCCUCUGAUGAGAUCCUAUCACCUGGACUUGUUCGCUUGGCUGGGAAAAAUCACGUUAGAGACCUACAUCUCACAACUUCACGUGUACAUGCAGGACAACGCAAGACAACUCAUUGUGUACAUUCCAGGAUACCCACUUGUAAAUUUCCUAAUCGCAACCAUAAUCUACGUAACAAUAUCGUACUUCUUGUUCCACUUGACAACGGAAUUCAGUGCAUAUCUUCUUCUCAAAGACUUGAAAGUAAUCCUGAAGAAAGUUGCCGUCUUAAGUAUACUAGUAUGCUUGGCUGUGCUGUUGGCAUUUGCUACCAAAAGAGCAUGGUUUCUUUGAGAGAAGAAAUAGACAAACAAUGCUUAAUGUGCUUCGUAAGAGAGAGUAUAUUUUAUACACUGAUAUCAAAUUGAAAAAGAGCCUGGAAGGAUUUUCUAAUAUCGCUACAUGAAUGAUAAUCAUGCGCAGUCUAUAUCAUUCAUUGUUCACAACGAUGAACAAAGAAAGUCAGUUGUCAUCAAUAUAGAGGUUCACGAUUCUAAGUACGCAUGCGCAUCGAAAUGCAUUGUGGGUAAUUUUCAAACGUGAAGACCCUGAGACAUAACCAAAGCACGUAUAUAUAUUUGUUGUGCAAAUCGAGACAAUAGUCGAGACAAGAGCUGUCUACAAGAUAGGGACAUUACCUUUGGCAUAUUACUCACAACACAUUUACUGCAUAUACAGUGCGUACUUUGAUUCGCAAACCUUCUUAUGCAAUAUCAUUGUUAUGUACUAGAAUUGGGGAAAUAUUAAUAGAGACUUGAUCAGUUUAAUUCUAUCUUCGUCAUAUCAACUAGGACAUGUGAUAAUAUUUGGACACUUGGCGAUUUCAAAGCUGCCUGGAUGCAAUGAUUUAGAUGUUAGGUGACAUGUAGUACUUUUCAGAACGUUCAUGAACCACAGAAAUAUGACAGCAUAAUCUUGAUAAUAAUGGGCUACAGUAAACUAUUUUUCUAUAUAUUGCACGUAUGUAAACAUGGAAAAUUAUCAUUCAUAUGUUAAUGUGCAAGUGGCAACUUAGUUAUCUUUAAAAACGUCAAUAUAGGCUUGACUGAGGUACAUGUAGUUCCGACAUUUGGCAACAGAUUUAAUAUGAUAAUUUAAUUUUAGUUUCAUGCUCGUGCAAGUAAAAAGCGAACAUAAUUGUCUUUAUAUUGUUUCAACGUUGAACGAAUGUGAAAUACCACGGGUAACGAUGAAGUAUGUAUUGAAUAAUAUUUCCAUCCAUUGCAAGAUUAUUACAGCUGAUAUGAUUUCUCACUCUCUGGUGUUUCAAUUAUUUGAUGUAUGUGAUUCUCUUUUGAUUUUAUUCGUAGCAAACGAGACGUCUGAAUAAAGAAAAUUGAAAUAUCUAA